CCGAGGGCUCCUUUUUGCUCUCUUCGGGUUGCAUCUUCAAGCUGCCACAGGGUGGUACUUCGAGAACUCGUUUAACCCCGGGCUUGCAGCCAGCUCGCAGGCUGAAGGGGGCUUUGUGUGUCUGCAUCUUGGAUACUUAUUUAAUGAAAUAGUGCCAUAGACUGAAAACGUAAACAUGAGGAUGGCAGGUGCUGUAAAGUUGGUGGUCGCUGUAGCAGUAUUUCUACUGACAUUUUAUGUUAUAUCUCAAGUAUUUGAAAUAAAGCUAGAUUCAAAUUUAGGAAAUUUAUUUGCAAGGUCAGCACUGCAGAUAGCUUAUACGAAACCUCCCAGGUAUAAAUGUGGGAUUUCAAAAGCUUGUCCAGAAAAACAUUUUGCCUUCAAAAUGGCAAGUGGAGCAGCUAAUGUUGUUGGCCCAAAAAUUUGUGUAGAAGACAAUAUUUUAAUGAGUGGUGUAAAGAAUAAUGUUGGAAGAGGAAUCAAUGUUGCAUUGGUAAAUGGAAAAACAGGAGAAGCAUUACGCACUGAAUUUUUUGAUAUGUGGGGAGGAGAUGUGGCACCAUUUAUUGAAUUCCUUAAGUCUAUUCAAGAUGGAACCAUAGUUUUAAUGGGAACAUAUGAUGAUGGAGCAACCAAACUCACUAAUGAGGCAAGAUUACUGAUUGCUGCCUUGGGAAGUACAGCUAUCGUUAACCUUGAUUUUAGAGACAACUGGGUCUUUUGUGGUGGAAAAGGUAUCAAGACAAAAAGCCCCUUUGAACAGCACAUAAAGAACAACAAGGAAACAAACAAAUAUGAAGGAUGGCCAGAAGUUGUAGAAAUGGAAGGAUGUAUCCCCCAAAAGCAAGACUGAACAAUAUGAAGAAUGUUAGACAAAAUUAUCUUUACGCUAUUGAUGGGAGUGCUAUGAAGGAGAUAUUACUCUGUAAAUAUUUUGAGAGUAUACGUCCAUCUUGUCAGUUAUGCAUGAGUGUCAACUCUUCCAAAAUCAGGAUUAUUUAUUGCUAACCUCAAGAGUAAACUUUGUAAAUAGGUCCACCAUACUGAACCUUUUCUAAGCUAUCGUCUCUCUAAAAGCACAGUAUUUAGAUUGCAUUAUGAUAAACAACAUCUUUAAGAUGUAGAAAUGUCUUUUUUAAGCACACAUUGUGAACAUACUGUUUUAUAGAUACAGUUGCGAUAAGAAUGUAUCCAUUGUGAAAAAUAAAGAGUCUUGUUGGGGUGGGGGGGGAGCUAAAACUUUUUUUUUUUAAUAUACUGCCCUUUUGAAGGCAGUAAUCAGUCUUUAAUAAAGAAGUAUUUGACUAGUUGUAUAUAUUCUGGAAUUUUGCUUUGCAGUCUAAUACCCCAAACCCCUCCUACUCUACCUCACUUCCUUCCCUACCUUAUUUCCGCACUUCCCAUGGAGACUUCUGGACAAUAAAGUUUAGAAAUAUAGAAUUAAAAUAUUUGAUUUAGGAAUUCAGAUCAGAUCUGCAGAAAAGCACAACAAAUCCUUUUUGUAUAAAACAGUGAUAAAAUAAAUGUAUAAAUGUAUAUGAUUUGAAAUGCAGCUUCAAAUAAUUUGUAUUUAUGAUGCAAAUAAGUUAACUUUGUAGUAGUCAUUUGAAGAAUGACCUGAUACGGUUUAGCAGUGUGGUCAUAGAAAUAAACAGAUUUUUAAAAUGAUUAUUUUUGUAUGUAUUUCUCUGACCAUCAUUCAUUCUUAUUUAAUGAAAUUCUGCAAUUUUUAACCAGUAUUCUGAAUGCUCAUAUUUGUGAAAAUGAAAUGCCUUCCUUAAUUUGUCGAUUUUUAAAUUUCUUCUAGCAAAAUGAUCAGUGAGAAGAAUAGUGGGUGGGUUGAGAGCUUUCAAAAAAACACAUGCCAGGGAAGGUUCUGUGCAUUCAAUCAUUUAUGCAACUCUACAAUCAGCAAUACUUUGCCUAUGACUAUUAAGACAUUUGAGAGGAGUAAUACAUUUUCAGGAUUUUAAGUGGAUAGCUCUAAAUACCCAAUAAUGCUCUAGUUAGUCUUUUCCGAAAUAUUUAAUUUAGGAAAAAUCAAGAUAAUUUUAGAUUCAGUUUUAUUAUAAAAGAAAUCUGAGGGUUUUAAAAAAAAUUUUGCUUUAUACUUCAAAAUCUUGCUCAAAAACAGCAAUAAAUCAAGAUGGAAAUUGUAAAUGUUUAUUGAAAGUUAAAUAGUUUGUUUUACCUAAGCUGAAUGUAAAGCAAGAAAAAAUGCACCAUAUGCUUUUGCACAUUAAAAAAAUUGAAGUUUUAGACAGUUAAGCAAAAUCACAUUCUGCAAAUAGAUGGACAGAUAGACGACAUCAAUUUCCUCAGUUCUGUAAAUUGAAAGGACAGCGGCUAAUUUUAUAGCAUCAGGGAUUGUAAAAUAUCAAAUUUCUUUCAGAUAAUGAUUAUUAAAUAAUCUUGGUUUUCCACUAUGAACAUUUGUUGUAAUGUCUGAUAAACUUGUUAGAAUUGCAAAUGUAAUAUUUUCCAGAUAUUUAUUAGCUAUUUAUCUUGCAAGUUUUAAAUCAUACCUGUGUAUCCUUUAGUUUUUUUGCCUUAGCAUUGUAUAUAAAAUUUAGAAAUCCAGAUAAUAAUGUGAUGUCACUUUUGAUGUAAAGACUAUGAAAUAGCUUUGAAAAGAUGAAGUUUCAAAAGAAAAAGAUAAGGAGUUAGUCUGUAACGUUCCCGAGGGGUGUGUUCCUGAAGAGAGAGAGACAGAAAGGGGGGGCAGAGGGAGGAAGAGAAUAAUGAAUAUGAAUAUACUCUAUGUGAUUUAUGCCAACUCUGAACUUUGGAAGCAAUAACUUUACCCACUACUUUCAUUCUCAGGUUUGGAUUUUUUUUUUAAAUCAUCUCAUUGUAAGUGAAGUUAUGUUCAUUUAAUUUUAAUGCAGUUUGAAUUUUCUUUAUUAAAAUCACAAGUAAAAUGUCUUUGGUAUCUUAAA